AAGUUACUAGUGGAUAUAUUAAGAGUGUAGAGUAAACAUCAUUUAUAUUGUUUUGUCAACAUAAAUGGGCCAUCUGUGACAAAGAAACUUGUGAUGCCAACAGGUUCACGACUCGCAUUUUAAAGUUUACUCGACGGAUAGGACAGGCAGCCGAAUCCUCCACCAUGCCAGGAGCAGAUGACUUGCAGGCUAUUGUGCCUGAGGAUAUUGAAAACACUGUAAUGAUGUCAAGUGUGGAAGUGAGGGUGUACAAACGUCGCUGGUGGAUUCUCUUCCUGUUCGCUGGGAUGGGCUUCAUGCAGUGUGCAGUGUGGAAUACCUGGGGUCCAAUUACUGCCUCUGUAAAGUUGGCUUAUCCUAACUGGGAUGAUGCUGAAAUUGCUUUACUCUCUAUGUGGGGGACCAUCACCAUGAUCAUGGGCCUGGCACCCAUGACUCUCCUGCUCCAGACAAAAGGUAUCCGUGUGGCCUUGCUGUUGACGGUUUUUCUUAUGGCAGCCGGAACUUCAAUAAGAUGUUUUACCACUGAAGAAAUUCCCUUUACAAUAUUGGCUCACAUUGGGGCUGUACUUAAUGGUUUCGCUGGGAUUAUCAUCGGUGCGGCGCCGUCGUUGAUAUCCUCCAGAUGGUUUCCUGCCAGGGAGAGGACAACUGCUACUGGUAUAGGAUGCACCUUUAACCAGCUCGGAAAUGCUGGUGGUUUUUUUCUCGGUCCGUGGCUCGUCCAACUGCCGAGAAACCACACCCGGCCUGACAACUCCACACAUUAUAUCAGUAGUGAUGAAGUUGAUGACCUGAGAAGAAGUAUAAGGGACUACAUGUGGAUCACUGCUGGACUCUGCAUUGCACUUUUUGUUGGAGUCGUAUCAUACUUCCCAGACAAGCCUCACAAGCCUCCGUCUCUCACCUCCUUCAUCCGUGAACGUCCUAACCCAUUUGUAAAAGAUAUCAAACUGCUCUUAAGCAAUAAAAAUAUUUGGUUGCUGGUGGUGCCGUACAGUAUUACUCUUGGCAUCAACGUGGCUUGGUCCAGUGUCCUCGACAUCAAUCUUGCACCUUUUGAUAUCUCUCAGGAUGAGGCCAGCUGGUUGGGCGUCUACGUGACACUGGGAGGAGUCGUAAUGGCCCUGUUGAGUGCCAGAUUCUCCGACCUCUUAUUUGGGUACAUGAAGCUGACGAUCAUAGUGCUGAUGACGUUUGCCACGGCGGGAUACACGUGGUUCCUCCUCCUCAUGAACGGGUGCCUUCCUUAUAACAAAGUUGAGUUGUUCAUUAGUGUGAUCAGUGGGGCAUCCUUCAACUACGCCUGUUCUCCACUCUUCUUUGAGUUGGCCGUUGAGUUAGCAUAUCCCGUGCCAGAGGGCGUGGUAGGGGCGUUCUUAACAAUGUGCUGGAAUAUAGUCGCUGCCUCUUUCCUCCUCACAAUGCAAACGCCAUUAAAAUCAAAUGUGAUAUGGAUGGACUACUUACUGGCCAUCCAGGGAUUAGUGGUGGUGUGCUUGAUGAUCUUUGUGAGGGAGGAAUACAAGAGGACCACCCUGGACCGCAUAACUGCCGGCACUGACAACCAAACCAACCAAAGUGUAGACCAAGAAGUCCAAGUCCAGGCUUAACACACUUAAUUUCUAUUUUAUCGAAGACGUAUCGCAUAUGUCUGAAAAACCGUUCCUCGUCACCUCACGUUAGGUUUAGGAUUAAUUUAAAGCUUUGUCAUACUUAACAAUAGCACUCACCAGAUUUACAUGUGAUUAAAAACAUUAUAAACCACUUCAGAAGCAAGUAAUCUCAAGACAUUGCAUCCUGGCUAUUAUAUUUUUUGGAAAAUAAAUGUGUUUUUCAGUUGAGUGUUGCUGUGGUUCUGUUGUUAAGUGUAUGAAAAGCCUUACACUUCUUUUAUAAAUUGUCAUCUGGUUAAUCAUAUAGUAUAUAUAUUUACAGAAGACCCGAGUGAAUCUUAACAUAUCUCACUUUUAGCCAAUUCUCUGUUGUCGGUGUUGGCACCUGACAGGAGCAGCGUGCCCGGCUUGUAAUGUCUUUUCAUCUUUUUUAUGUAUAGCUGUAUAUACAUAAAUACCAGUAUAUAUAGGGGGGUCUCAUUUUGCACGAGUAUAUAAUACUGGUACAUAUCUGCGCAUCAGAAAUCCACGUAAGCGAUGCCCUUUAACACGUGUUAAAAUUGCUAUAUUGUACUGGACUUGCCAGAUGUUUACUCUUGAACGACUUUGGGUAACCAACUUAAUUUCCCAAAAUGACACAUAAUGUCGAAUUCAAAGCUUUCCAUAUCAACUGCAGACACUUGUAAAGCAUCUUCAUCUUCAUCACCUAUCUCCAGAGUGGUGGGGUCAUUAUCACUGGAUUCUCCUUGAUCUUCACAUUGUUGGAGCGGAAAAUAGGCAGUGAUGAGAGCUUGGCGGCAGCAUUUAAUAAACUCCCGGUAACGUUACCUGUAGGGUUCCAACCAAACUGUCUAACUGUGCACUAAGUUCAUCACUGCAUUACACUUCAUUACUGGCUGGACUCAGCACUUAUUAAAUCAUCCUUGACUUCUUCAACCUUGCUGAGAACUUGUGUCACCUGCCACUGAGUCAUGCCUCCCUCAGUCUGCUCUGGUUCUGCCACACCACCAACACUUCUUUCCCCUGCCUCAAACUCACAUCCUCCUCUUCCCUCUCCUGUAACAUGUCAUCUAGUGAAGUGGAUUCCCCGUCGCUGCGAUAACUUCCAUCAUAUAGUACAACUAUAAUGAUUGGCACACUUAUUUUUAUAAUGUAUUAGUACUGUAAUGAAUAAUUUACAAAAAAGGGCGAACAUGGCAACGACCAAUACUUACACCCCCUUUCCGGUGGGAUGGAAUCAGUGGUCAAGGAAGAGAUUACCUUCUGAUUCAGCUUGUCCUAUUAUUUUGAAGUCAAAUUACACAUUAUAUGUCAUUAUUUUCUUCUCGUAUUUAAUACUGUAUGAUAUAUUAUUUAUGAUGAAACGUAAACCAUAAUAGGCUGAUCAUAAUAAAAACAAACUGGUACAUGACAGCGACCAGUCCCCUCCCCCCACCUUCAGCGCGUUUACACAUGAAGUGUCAUCUCAUACCUAUCAGCUCUCGUUAGGCCUAUACAGUGUCCCCUUUAAAGAUAAUACAGUUCAAUAUAUAUUUUGAUAAAUAUGGUAAUAUAUUUUAUAAGUAAAUAAAUAAUAUUUUUUAAUGAACUGUACUACAAUAUACAGUACUGUAUUACUUACGGUACACACAUGUAAUAUCCAAUAACUAAUAUUACUAAAAUCGCUAAAUAUGGGGUUAAAUAUGCAAAAAAAUCGCAAAAUUAACGUUAUAUCUGUAUCGCUACUCCUGAUGUUUAGUGUAAGCUAAAACUAAGGUCACAUAUCAACCAACUGUGUAAGCGAUGACCGUGCACGCGAGGCCCAAGUAAAGUGAGACCCCCACUGUACCUGUAUAUAUAUAUAUUUUAAGGUUACGUCUUUACAUGCUUGUCCUUUUUUUUCUUUUUUUUUGCCACUUUUGUACAUAAUUUUCUUUUGUAUAAGAGUUUCAUGAGAGGUUUAUAUCAUGUAUGGUUUAGGAGUUCUUACCUUCACUUAUGGCUAAGAAUAAAUAGCAUAGCUUGUUGUAGUCUGUCUAAAUUUUCUUCAUUCAUAUAUUCAUUACUUCAUUCAUUCCCCAUCAAGUUGAAAACAAGAAUUAUAAGUCACUUUGGUUAAUUUAUUAUUUGUAUGUUUGGUUGUCAUCCAUUGUAGGCCUUCUCCUACAAAUAAUGUUGUAGUUUCUCAUUGAUGGAAGUAGUGUAUCAUUUUUUGCACUCUCCAGCAGCAGUAGUGAGUGAGUGAGUGAAUUAUAUUUUAGUCGUGUUAAUUUAUUUGAUGUUUUUAUUUUUUAUAGGAAUAUAUAUUACAUAAAAUUUUUAUUUUAUUUAAAUAUAAAUGAUCAUUCGAAGUCAAUAGGUAGUAAUAGGUACUGUACUAAACGUUUAUAAACACAUUGAUAUAUUUUUUACUAUGUACUUUCAUAAUAUUGCGACGAUGCCCGACUGUGGUGAGGGCGGGGCAACAAUUUCCAUCCUGCUGAUUCUCAAGUUUCGCUGUUAAUGAUCGGUAACAAUCGUCCGUAACAACGAGACAUUGUGGCCAGUUUAUUAGGAUCUGCCUGUGAUGUUAACUUAAUGAUUGUUGUUUCCAAGUAACAAGUCCACUUCCUAGCAGGUUGCAUAAUAGCUUACUUAGUAUUCAAAUGUUGUAAAAAUAGGAGAUUUUGCUAAUACUGUAUUGUACCAUGACUUGUUUCUUUAGUAAGAAUGUCCAGUUGAGUAUUGGUUUUUCAGUACUGUAUGUGAGGUUCUUAGUACAAAGAAUAUUAGUCCAUGUAAAUACGUUUGAUUUUGCAUCAUUCAUCAUCAUUAUUCUGCUUUAAAUCAUUAAUACUUUACCUCACUGACCGUAUUUACUAUACCAUAUGAUACCAUUUUCCUAUCCACUUACCUCACUGUGGCCACUAGUAGGGGUACAGUGGCUAACCCAACUGGCUACAGAGUAUGGUGGCCCCAGUCAGUCUAGCUGUGUACCCAGUCUGCCUCUACCAUAAUCAGCCAUCAGGCUCCUGGGCCAUGCUUAGUAUCUACCAGUCACAGAAAUUUUGAGUAACAUGCAAUUAUUCUGUAGUCAAUUCCAGUUGAUUGUAAGGUGCAGACUAUAUACUGAUUAUCUUGCAUAUAUACACACAUACAUCAUACAUACAUACAUACAUAUAUAUAAAAGCAAUAUCAGACAAACUUAAGUACGCCUGAGAAAUACCCAUCCAUUGUAUGUGGAAUCAGUCAUGUUAGUUGAGUACCAUGACUAUGUUUGUGUGUGUGUGUGCGUGUGUGUGUGCUUGAAAAAGUAAAAUUAAGUAGGUUGAUGUAUGUUAGUGCGUGCUUUUGAAUUAAACAUGUGUCACGAAUACUUAAAUACAGGUUAGUGUACGUUCAGUCAGUCAUUCUAACGCUGUUCCAUACCAUUGUUUGGCUGGGCUAUAAAUUAUUUUAAAGAGAAUUCAUUUAAUUACAGAAUUUAUCUAUUUUUCUCAUUCUCCACCAUCAGCGUGUUGAAACCUAAACUGGUUUCAGAAUUAGUUUUUACUUCUAUAAUUAUCUAAAAACUUAAGCUGGUGUCAACAAUAUACAGUACAGCUGCACCUCUACUUAUGAACUGUCAGAGAUAUGAACAAACCGUCUAGGUAUAUGUGCUCUCCGUGAAUCGUUUACAGUGAACGAUAACUACCCAGUAUAUGCUCAUGGUUGGUUAUCUUUACCAGUUAGCUCCUUUAGCCUUGGCUUGUCUACCAUACCCCAAGAUUCUUUCUUUAUGUUGUUCCAUGAAAAACAACUGAACCUUAUUCACUAUACAGUAUAUGCCACUUUAAAUCUACAAAUACCAGAUGAAAAUGAAGAUUUACACAUAAUUUUCUUUAUUUUGCAUCAGUAAACAUGUUAACAUUGCUGGUGGCAUUGUUGCUAAAUUAGACUCAUCAAUGUAGCCACAUCUUCCUAGCCCCUAUCGCUAUCUGGCUGUAUUUUAGUUAUUUUUCAACUCGUGAUUUUGGUUAGAUAUACUGUAGUGUACUUGACUUCCUUCAGUUAUUUUUGUUCACACAGCAGCUGCACUCACAAUCCUUCAUAGAUAACGUGCAAAAAAAAAUAAAAGAAAUAACUAUCAUAAGGUCAAAAACAGAGAGAAUAAACAUUUCUGUGUGGGAGAGUUAGCUAGCAGGCUGAGCGUGGGAGAGGGAAGUGGGGUGUUGGAGCUCUGUUGUUAAGAGGGUCAGCAGAGGCAGCUUCCCAACUGGGCUACAUUGUUAUGGCAAGCUUUGAGUCCAUGCACCCAGCAUCUAUGCAAAUGGUAGUUGUGUUAAACUUUCAUUUUGUUUUUCCUUAAUGAUUUUAGCUGCUUUUUUCAUCUUGAUACUGUAGUGUACAAUGUUGCUUGAAGUAGCACAUUUGUUAAAUAACAUAAGAAAGGUAAUUGGUAUGGUUUGCUUCAGCCUUUUGGCUUACCGUGUAGGCAUUACUUUACACCUGUGAUAAUAUUCCUUACAUUUUAUUUAUAUUUUUACAACAAGCGGACUUACCAACAAGCCUCAGGAACGUAACUUGUUCGUAGUAGAGGAGCAGCUGGAUAAUUGUUUUCCCAUUCCUCAUUUAUGUAAAUAGACCAGGCACCGGUAAUUUCAGCCUAGGGACUUGGUGCCAAACUUAACAUGAAACAAUGUGUACAACAGAAUUUUGUCUUUAGAAAUGUAUAUCACAAAGUAAAUUUUGUACUUUUCCUAUUUCUAAAUGCAAGAUGUUGAUUACAAAGAGUUUUCCCAUUUUUGAGGACUUUAGAGUAAUAUAAAUCUGAGAAUAGUAUUAAUUUUUCCUCUGUGCUACUACCUUGUUGAUAUUGAAAUGUUGUUGCCAUAACUUUGCCAUGUUUUGAACUAAAUGCCACAUGUAUGUUUUUGCUUAAACUUGAAUGCACCGUACAGUAUAUUGCCAAACUUAUUCAGUCCCCUGAUCAUGAUGAUCCGAAGAUUCUUAUUAUUAUGUCUGGGCUGUUGAUGGACAACUGAGUGUUCUUGUCAAGUUUUCAAGGAAAUCUUCAUUCCUCUUAUUCACAAGAGAGACUGGCCACACCUUGGGGCUGCCGUGACAUGAGAUUUCUUAGUACAUGUAUCCAACAAGCCCAUAUCUGAGAACAUAGUGGCUAUUAAAUAUUUUCAUUAGAGGAGAGACAAUGUGGUAUAGGGUGGUAGUUGAUCAGGGGUACCACUCAUAAGAGAACCAUUUAGUGAUAAUGCUGUCUGUUGAAUUUUAAUCCCUGGUGUAGGAAGUAGGAGUCAUAUGUAUACUUUAUGUGUUACAGGUACAGUAUUCUGAACCUCAUUAAUUUAAUUUUUUGAAGUUUGUGGUGUACACAAGAAACAGUUCUCAUUCAGCAGAAGGGUAAAAAAUUCAGAUUUAGUGUCAUAUUAAGUGUAUGAUUUUACUGCAUAUAUAAAGGGCAGUCAAAAGGUUUGCCAAAUUGUAUACAGUAUUACAAAUAGGCAAAUCCACAACUCGCAUUUUACAUAUCAAUAUGCAGGUAUCCCUCGCGAUACGAAUGUUCGAGAUGCGAAUAUUCGCUUUUAAGAAUUUCCAAAAUUUACACCACUAUUUCGAGAAAUAAAAGCUUCCCCUGCUUAUAUGAAUUUGAUUCCAGCCAAAAAUUCAAAUUUCAUGUCCCGGGAGUCAGCUGGUUCUCACUGGUCAUACCUUCUCCCUCCAUCAUCUCCAACAAGCCCGCCUCUUUCCUUCCAUCAUUUGUUGUGUGUGUGAAGUGAUCUCUCUUUAUCUGUAUGUAUUUGUGCCAUCAUUUUGUUGUACCUUACAUGAAGGCAUCCAAGUGUUCUUCCACUCAUUCUACCUUUGGUGUGACUGUUGUGUCCUUGGCAAACAGCAGUGAAAACCCUCCUCACCCCCUUGUGGUGAGCCCAGACUGCCCUCCCGUAAGGUAAUGUAACAAAGUUGAACGGUAUUUUAUAUUUUUUUAUGUGUUAGAUAGUAAAUUAGAAUACAGUAGGUGUGUUCUAUUUAGCAUUAGUUAGGUAGGUUUUGUUCUUGUUUGUGAACCUAUUUUGUGGUAUUGGAGUAUAAUAUUUGGGUAAUUUUGUCACUGGAGAACUUACCCUAUUUUUUCAUUUGAUUUUCUAAUCACGAUACGAAAAUUUACUUAACGAAUGAUUUUAUUGGAACCUAACCCAUUCGUCUCUCGUGGGAUAACCUAUACUGUAAUUUCCCCCGACUUGAAUACUGUACUUAUUCCACUUGUCAUCCAGACUCACUAUACCAGCUUUAUAGAUGUGGUUAUUGACAUUAAAUUUUGAUACUCCAGUCGUCCAUGAUCAAACUCUUGACUCAUUGGUGUCAUAUGUCCACCCUGCAUCGAUAAAUUCUCUGUCUCCCCAUACUGUUACAGCACCCGCCCACAGAUGUUUGUUUAUUGAGACUUACUUCACACACAUACAUAACCCAGACAUACUCCCAUGCCUUGACCUACCUCCUUCAUGUUGGGUUGUACUCUGUGUGCUCUACUCUGGUACACUGUGUUACUCAUUUGCUUUUUGUGUCAACUCUACCUCAACAACCAUGUUAUAGUUUAUCAUUGUCUUGAAUUAUAUUGUUCCAUCUUCCUCACUUCCUGCUGUGUGUGUAGGUAGUACAGUACUGUAGCUAUGUACUGUACAGUGUUAUUAAAUGGACCUUUUCUAUAUGUGCAGUUGCCAAGCAUGACCAAAGUUAGGAUUUUUUCAUUGUUAGGAUUGAUAGGUCAGAGUUUUUUGGGUCCUUUCAUAAUAUGUCUCAUUAAAAGAAGAAAAAUACAAACUAUCCGAGCUCCCAGAGAUUUACCUAAUGGUUUCUGAUCCUCUGGUGGGAUGGUUGUAUGGCAGCCCAUGUGCAGUGUUGAGGGAAGCACUGGUUGGAUUAUCAUUUGAAGUGACUUAAUUUACUCCAAUUAAACCAAAAGCUUCCUGAACCAAUAUACCUAAAAAUAGAAAAAAACCGAAAGUCCUUCCCUACACUGUAUGUCUGGCAGCUGUGUACUGUACGAACAUGUAGAAAAUAUUGAGUUAGGUACACAGCUGCUGUCUGUAUAACCACUUCUGUGUUUGUUCUUGUUCCUCUAUAUCCAUUUUUCAGCCUAUUGAAUUUAUACAAUACAAUGUGCAGUUCAUUGUAGUAUUUUCAAAAUUGUUUGUAAUACUGAAGGAUUAAUGAGUUGUUCUCCCAUCAUUUUAAGUACUGUUAUAUUAUACUCUAACAGUGGUACAGUGAAAGACCUGCUCUAUUUUGUUGCAUCAGCUAGCCCUAUGAAUACUAAUCCUGAAUGAUUUACUCAGUCACCUUAAAAACUUUGUGUGUGGUGAGCAGUGCCUGUCUCACUGGUCAGGUGUAGGUCAAGGCCAGCUGUGAGUCACCCUUGUUAAGCAACACUGUGCUUAACAUCAUUUUAUCUGGCUUUGAAGGUGACACAUAUUAUUCUCAUCGUCCUUUUUGUUUUUACAUAUAUUAUUUUCAUAACCAUAGUUUCUUCACCACACAAGUAGUUAUUAAUAUUUCUACUAUAGGGUUGUUCUUUUAUCAAACAGGAACCUAAAAAUCAUGUGGGAAUAAAGUCCGAUCAUUGUGAAAAACAUAAAUUUGUUGAAUGUCCAAAAAGAUAAUAAUUAUUUAGAGUUGAAUAAAAAUAUGAUCCUGUAUGUAAUUGUUCCUCAUUGAACAAGCUAAUGGUAUGGAAAGUUAACCUUUUACAGGUGCUCCUCUACUUACGAACGAGUUACGUUCCCGAGGCUUGUUUGUAAGUCCAGCUUUACUCUUGUAGAUACCAAACAUAUUGUAAAAAAUGAAAAGAUUAUGGAUAUUUAGUACAGCCAUACCCUUUAAUACAGCCUUAAAACCUGGCUCACUCUUCUCCUCUUAGGUAAUAUUUGUUCUAUCUGUAAUUUUCUUCAAAUUAAUCCAAUCUCAUACACAUUAAACACCUGUUCUGGCAGGUAACCCCCGUCAGUGAUGAUGUUUGUAUCUCUGAAAGUUUGUAAGUUGAACGUUCUUAACAGAGGAGCACACCUGUAUUAUGAUUUCUUCUGCGUCUUGCCAAGUAUAUUUUGUACAGUCACGGCAAAAAGUCCUGUCAGUCCUCCAUCUCAUCCAUGAAUCUGUGAAUCCGAGACAUCACAUAGUGUUGGACCCAUAGAUGGUGCACUGUGUGAUGUCUCGGGUUCAAAGGUUCAUGAGUCUUGGGGUUAAUGAAUGGGACUUUUUCCUUGACUGUAGCUAACUUACCUAGAAAAAUAGACUUAAGAUAGAGUAAUACAACUAUAUACUGUAUAAGCCUUGGCAGAACUUGUGGUUCAUAUCAUAAAAUUUAGAUUACAGCUUUCAGACAAACUUAAUUAUGCAUUUUUGGGUAAGCAUUGUUGUAGAUAAGUCAGUUGAUAUAUACUGUAUGAAUAUAUUCUGAAGUGUAAUUAUCUCCUAGAACCUAUUGUGUACAACCUGCUGCCUAUGUAAAGUAAUUUGUAUUUUUGUAUAGGUUGUAAAUAAUCACCAAUAUUGUAAUCUCCUCAUUCAUUAUAUAUUUUCAUCCCCUUCUUGACCUACAUAUUUUAUAUUCUGAAAUUAAACACAUUUGAAAGUAA